GAUUAAUCAAAAAUGGCUGCUGUUCAGUGAAACUUGAGUGAAACCGAAAAAAAUUGUUUUUUUUUUUAAAUAAAAUAUGUGUGGAACUGUUUCUAUACAUUCGUCGAGUAGACUAUUGUUGAUCAGUUUAAAUGAAAUUUAGGACGUUUAAGUGUUUUUAAUAAAGUUUGUAAUGAAAAAGGUUUCAACAAUUAUAAGUUGAGUACACUAGCAAGAUCUCCAAAAGUUAUAUACAAAGAUGGAGGCAUCUGAUGAAGACCGCAAGAAACGGCUGCUCGUACUCAAAGCCAAAAUUCAAGAUCCCCAAGGAAAAGGAAAUAUUGAUUCUCUUUUGGAUACAGUCCAGGCUCUCUACACUGACUGUGACCAUCCUGCCAUCAAAAAGCUUAAAAAUGUAGAAAUGUAUCUCAAUAGAUAUGAUAGUUUGGCCAGUGAUAUAAUCAAUCUCCGCAUGAAAACAGAUGAUUUCGAACACAUAAAAGUCAUUGGUCGAGGAGCUUUUGGUAAAGUCCAACUUGUCAGACACAAACACACAAGACAAGUAUUUGCCAUGAAAAGACUGAGUAAAGCGGACUUAAUUAAAAGGUCGGAUUCAGCUUUUUUUUGGGAAGAGAGGCAUAUUAUGGCCCACGCCAAAUCCGAAUGGAUAGUGCAACUGCAUUUUGCCUUCCAAGAUGCUAAACAUCUGUACAUGGUUAUGGAUUAUAUGCCUGGAGGUGAUAUAGUAAAUUUGAUGUCAAACUAUGACAUACCAGAAACGUGGGCCAAGUUUUACACUAUGGAGGUUGUAUUGGCUCUAGACAUUAUACACUCUAUGGGUUUUGUGCAUAGAGAUGUCAAGCCUGAUAAUAUGUUGCUGGAUAAACAUGGUCACUUGAAAUUAGCUGAUUUUGGUACUUGCAUGCGUAUGGACUCUGAUGGACUUGUUAGAUCUAAUAAUGUUGUUGGUACUCCUGAUUAUAUUUCUCCUGAGGUUUUACAAAGUCAUGGGAAAGGGAUUUAUGGUCGUGAAUGUGAUUGGUGGUCCGUUGGUAUCUUUGUUUAUGAAAUGCUUGUAGGAGAAACCCCAUUUUAUGCUGACAGUUUACUGGGUACCUACAACAAAAUCAUGUACCACGAGAGUAACCUAAUUUUCCCAGAUGAAGUGGAAAUAUCUAAUGAGGCUAAAUCACUUAUACAGGGUCUUUUAUGUGAUAGAACCAAGCGAUUAGGACGCAAUACUGUUGAUGAAAUAAAAAAUCAUCUGUUUUUUAUGAAUAGUGAAGGAUGGACUUUUGAUAAUUUAAGAGAUUCGGCACCGCCAGUUGUGCCUGAGUUGGUUGGUGAUGAUGAUACAAGGAAUUUUGAUGAUUAUGAAAAGGAUGAGACACCAGAAGAAGUGUUUCCUGUGCCAAAUACCUUUGUUGGCAACCAUCUCCCUUUCAUAGGAUUCACUUACAAUUCUGACUCACAAUUGCUCUCAGGCGACGUUGUAGAUAGCAAUCAUAGCAAUUACAUUACUGAUACUAAUGCUCAAGUUAGUAAAUUAGAGGCUCUCUUGGACCAAGAAAAAAAUAAUGUAGAAAUUUUAGAAGAGAAGCAACGAAUACUAAUAACUCAAUUAGAAGUUUUGUCUGAACGAGAGGGUGACUUGAGAGAUGAAAUUUCUAAGUAUGAAAAAGAUGUGGCUUUAUUGAGGCAUGGCUGUAAAGAAAUGCAAAGAAAAGCAGACACUGAGAUGGAUUUAAGAAAACAUACUGAAAAACUACUUUCAGACCUCAAGCAAAAAUUUGAAGAAGAACAGUGUAGAAGGACAAAAGAAAUGAACAACAAUCAACAACAUAAUGAUAAAAUUCACUUAUUAGAAAAACAGAUAAGCGAAAUGCAAGAGAAACUCAAAGUUGAAACUGAAAACUGUUUAAGAUUGCGCAAACAAACUACAGAACUAACAAUGGCCAGGUCAAAUUCAGAACUUAAAGUAAACGAAUACCAAACAAUGCUUCAAAACUUACAAAGCCACAAGGAUUCGUUGCAAAACGAAGUUACGUCGCUGCAAGACCAAUUAAGUCAAGCUAGAAAUGCUUUAGCUCAAGCCAGUGACAAUCAGUUAAUGCUUGAAAAUAGAUUAUUAUCAAUAAACAAGGAGUUGGAGAAUGUUAAGCAAAAGGAAAGCAAAACAGCAACAGAUAAUGCACAAUUGAGCGAAAAGGUGUCCUAUUUGGAAAAAGAAAAUGCUGGAUUGUGUGCUGAAUUAAAUACAGCCCAGACGCGGUAUCAGCAAGAAGUUAAGGCUCAUGAAGAGACUGAAAAAAGUCGGGUGUUGAAUAAGGAGGAGGCUAAUAUGGAAGUUGUUAAAGCGUUACAAACCAAACUAAACGAAGAAAAAAGCGCUAGGCAAAAAGCAGACCUAAAUUUUCAAGAGAAAGAACGACAAAUUUCCAUGCUCUCAGUGGAUUAUCGUCAGAUUCAGCAGAGAUUGCAAAAGCUGGAAGGGGAGUAUAGACAGGAAAUGGAAAAAGGUAAAGCCCUGUACUCGCAGGUCGAGCAGGAACAACAGAAAAAGACGAUUUUGCAGUCGGAAUUGGCACACCACGCCAAUGAGUUGACGAAAUUAAAGACAAAAGAGCAACAAUUGGCAGCUGAUUUAAACCAAAUCCAGGAUUCCAAAAAACUUUUAGAAGAAGAACUAUUUCGUGUGAAACGUAACUGGCACAUAGAGCAGCUACAAAUGAAAGAACUUCAAGAUUCUCUUGAAACUGAACAAUAUUUUGCUACACUGUAUAAAACACAAACUCAAGAACUUAAAGAAGAAAUCGAUGAAAAAAAUCGCGUCAACAAAGAAUUUGAAGAAGAACGUGCUUCAUUGAAACACCAGUGUCAGUUGGCUUUGGCAAGAGCUGAUUCUGAAGCCUUAGCUAGGUCAAUAGCAGAAGAAACUGUUGCUGAUUUGGAAAAGGAAAAGACCAUGAAAGAGUUGGAACUGAAGGAUUUAUUAGGCAAGCACAGGAACGAUGUUAACACCAAAGAAGCAGCUUUGAAUGCCCUAAAAGACCGUGAAGCUGAACUGAAACGGUUAAAUGAGCAGCUACAGAAGGAAAAGGAUGACAUUUUUAGGCAACUCAAGCAGUUACAAGAGGAGUUUAAUAGGAUUUCCGAUAACUCUGAUGAGAUCGAGAAGCUUAGAGCUAAAUUGAAGACUGAAUCAUUACUAAAACAAACAGCCAUCAAUAAACUACAUGAAAUAAUGCAUAGGAAGGAUUUGAAGGAAAAGCCUGGCAAAAUAAAGGUUUCCAAUACAGAUUUGAGAAGAAAAGAGAAGGAAUUGAAAAAGCUGCAGCAAGAAUUGAGCCUAGAGAAGGAUAAAUACAAUCAAAUGAUUGCCAGUUCACAGAAGAACGUCCAGGAUCUUAGCUUCCAACUAAAUGAAGAAGUAGCUAAUAAACAUCGCCUCCAAAUGGAAUUAGACAGCAAAGAUGCAGAAAUUGAACAGUUGCAGCUGAAAUUGGCAGCUUUGAAUAGCGAAACUGCAUCUUUGAGUUCAGCUGACAAUGAAGGUGAUGAUGUUAAUUCCGAUUACGUUUUCGAGGGCUGGCUCUCGAUACCCUCCAAACAAAAUAUCAGGAGGCACGGCUGGAAAAAACAAUAUGUGGUGGUUUCGAGUAGAAAAAUUAUAUUCUAUAAUUCAGAAAGUGAUAAACAAAAUACUGACCCUGUAAUUAUAUUAGAUUUGUGUAAAGUCUUCCAUGUCCGCUCAGUAACUCAAGGUGAUGUGAUCCGUGCGGACUCCAAAGACAUCCCUCGCAUCUUCCAAUUGUUGUAUCUUGGCGAAGGUGAGGCUAGGAAGCCGUCAGAAGAACCUAAUAAUAUGUUGGACACUUCUUCAGUGAAAAGUUUCGAGGAAAAAGCAGUGCGUUGCAUUAUGCACAAAGGCCACGAGUUCCUCAAUAUUGCUUAUCAUAUGCCUACCCAAUGUGAGGUGUGUCCCAAACAGGUUUGGCACAUGUUUAGGCCGCCGCCUGCAUUGGAAUGUCAACGAUGUAGGAUAAAAAUCCACAAAGACCACUUAGAUCGCAAAGAAGACAAUGUGCCACCUUGUAAACUACAUUCCGAUCCUUCGUAUGCCAAAGAAUUGUUGCUACUAGCUUCCUCCACCGAGGAACAAAGGCAAUGGGUGUCGAGGCUCAGUAGAAAAAUUCAGAAGUGCGGUUUCAAGGCUAACAAUUCCAAUGCUUCAGAUUCUUCAUCGAAGAUAUCACCUAGAGAAUCGACCCGUUCAAGUCUAAAGCCAUAUUUGAAUGUUCAACAACGAUCUGCAACGCUUCCGGCCAAUUCGUCCAUGUGCAGCAAAUGACAGAAAAUUAAAAUUAACGUGACUUCCUGGUCCAUUUAUGGAACUUCUGAAAAACCUCUUUAAAUUAUCACCCUAAUGAACUGAUAGUUUUGAGCUGGCUUUUACAAUGUGAUAUUGAUAAUGAUUUGAAAUUAAUUUUACAUGUCUGACUUUGAUGAACUUUUUCUUAGAAUCAAUUCAUGCACAUUAAAGGACUUAACCCAGAUAUGUAGGAGCAGAGUUUUUGAAAUAAGCAGGAAGGCAUAACAGAAAUUUCAUUAUUAUCGAAAAACGCAUGUGUUUAAAGCCGUAUGAACACAUGAACAGCUUAGAAACAAAAUUUGUCAAUUUGCCAUCUUACAUUGUCAGAUAAUGAUUUUCCAUGUUACAUGAAUAUGUCCGUUGAACACCUUUGAAUGCCUUAGUGCGCGUUCACAUUGACACCGCUCGAGCGGUGAGCGUUGCGCGAUGCCGCUGUAGUGAUGCCCAAAAAUAAUUUUAACAUUACUAUUUCAAAUGAACAUGUUAACACCGCGCGACACGCCGCCUCAUUGUGAACUUGUUCAUUUGAAAUAUAAUGUUAAAAUUAUUUUUGGGCAUCGCUACAGCGGCAUCGCGCAACGCUCGAGCGGUGUCAAUGUGAACGCGCACUUAGGUUCAGAGUUUUCUAUUCAGGAUGGUGAUUUUUUGAGUAGAAUAUUGUUUGUUUUGAACUAGUACCUCUGGAUACUCUUCAGUCAAGAGUUUCUAGAACAAUUUCAUUGAACUUUGGAGAUGAUCUUGCCUCUGAAACAAAUAAUAACUGAAUUUUUGGGCCAAAUUUCUACCUAAUUUUUUUUUAGUGCUUCCGCAGAGAAGUUGUCACCUUGUAGAAGUCUCUUUGCUUGAGUUGCAUAUUGCAUACAUUAAUCAGCUUACAGUGUCACAAACCAAAUCGUCAUAGACAAAUCAGAUUAAACAUUAAAAAUCUAGAAUAUGGAAUUCAUGAGUGAAACAGCACGGGAGUUGAUUUUACUGUACCUACUAGGUAUGGUGUACACGCCGGCAUGUCUGGGUUAUUAUAACUCUUAAUCAAACAUUUUAAUAUAGGAAAUAAUAAGCUCAAUUAUUUAGUUUAAUAUAGAACGGGUUUGGCUUACGAAAAAAAAUUGCUGUGCGUUUUGGCCCUUAUUGAGACAAACAAUGUGAUAUUAUUUUUGAAACAUUUAUUGCUUGAAGCUGAAAAAUGGAUUGAUAUUUUAUGUUUGUUAAACGUACUUAAUGCUUAAGGAUGGUUCAUUUUGAACUACUUCCCUUUUCAGCAACUGCAAAACUUAAAUUCAAUAUUUGAGGCACACUUUUACGAAUUCUUUAAGAACAUUGCUGUUCUGCUUUAGCUACCACAUUCCUCGAUUAUUUACAAGCAAAUUCUCUAUACUUAUUGUUAAAUAUUUUGUUAUAUUAUUUUCUUUUUUUUUUAAAUUAUUGUACAAAGUUUUUAUUUAUGAUUAUUGUAAUAUUCUAAGCAUAAACAUUCAAUAUUGUGCAUUGUGCCUUAUUUUUUGUAGUGCUCUACGAAAAAUGAUCAUUUAUUAGGUGACAUUUAAAUAAUAAAAUUUGAUUAGUUUUUUGCGCCUUUCCUAAUACUUAUCAAAUACAAAAAUAAGCCAA